AUGGAAGCUUGUUCGUGGUUUAAGGACUUAUUGACUCCUAAAACCUUUAACAGGUUCAGUUUUGUGGCAAAUGUUCUUGGGAUUAUAAUCGCAAUAGUGUUUCUUGCAAUAUUUUCGGACAUGGAAAUCAAUGAACCGAGGUUUGACUGGAGUUGUGCUUUGAACAGUGCUGAUACCGAUGACUCCAUAGAAGGAAAUUGUUUCGUGAAAUACGAAGGGUUGUACAACAAACUCUCUGUUCCUCCUUACCUUUUCGUCUUUGGGAACUUCUCUCUUCCUCUUAUUGUUUGUGCGAUAUACGCAGCAUUGGCUAAGCCAAGAGUGACAAAAGUGAGUUCUCUUGUAAACAGAGCGGACGUCGAAAGAGGACAGGAUGAAACGGUGAACUCAAGUCGUCAAAGAAAACUCUUCACAGCAUACUUUUUUCAACUUAUCACCAGGCUCUGUCUCGGGAUUGUGUUUAUCGUCUUUCUGCAAACUGAACUAUUUUAUCCUCGUAAAUUUCCUUCAGACUUCAAGUGUAAUGUCACGAGAGGAGCAGUUAAUCAAAAAGCGAAUGCAACUGGGAAAGCACAAACUCAAACAUAUGAAUGCAGCACUAAGCGAGCACAUAAGAAGACCUCGUAUAUGUAUGCCUUAUGCGGGGUUGAUGGAUUUUUUGCAUUUAUUCUUUUAAUUGAGAUUUUUAUCAUUUUGUCGCGUGUAAGAAAAGGAAAAAAAUUCAUGAAUGACCAACAGUUUUAUACCGAUCAUCUUAAAUCGAAUUAUGAUCCCCAGGAAGAGCCUUCUGGUAAACAAAAUUCACGACAAGAAAUAACUCUGAGGGUUAUAUCACAACCAGAAUUGCAAGUUUCACAGGAGGAAGAAAAUCACGAAACAUUGGAAACAGAACAUUUACCUCAGUUACAAAAUUGUUUAAAGCGCAUGAAGGAAAGUGUCUUAAAGAACACCGAUCUACUUACAGAUCUCUCUUCACCCUUCAAACCGAACCCGGGUGAAGGCGAUCAACCUAAAGAUCUUAAACUCGACCAAAUUUAUACUAAGUUAAUUAUUCAUCCUGCACCGUAAUUUUUAGGGAGUUAUUAUAACUCCAAAAAUGGAGUAAAAAUUUUAGGUACAGGAUAACCCCUUUUUUGGGGUUAUUUUAACUCCUAAUUUAACUCCGAAUUUGGGGUCAUUUUUACUCCUGAAAAAGAGUUAUUUUUACUCCCACUCUGGAGUUAAAAUUACUCCGAAAUGGGGUUAUUUGUACUCCUUACAUGGGUUGUUUUUACUCUUUUUGGAGUUAAUUUAACUCUGAAAGUGGAGUAAAAAUUUUAGGUACAGGAUAACUCCGUUUUUGGGGUUAUUUUAACUCCUCAAUAUCUGGGGUCACUUUUACUCCUGAAAAAGAGUUCUUUAAACUCCUUUUUGGAGUUAAAGUAACUCCACGAAAAAUAACUCCACUGUAAGGAGUUAAAUUAGCCCCACUAGAGGAGUUAUUAUAACUCCCUGAAAAUUACAGUGUGGAAGAGCCUAUUAUCACUUUCCUGAAAACAGGCGACAACAGCUAAAAGUGUACCCCAAACCAGAGAAACAUUUACCACCAAAAGGACCCGGAGACAUUGUUGAUGAUCAGCACAAGAAUAUUCUUAUCGUUGGUCGCCCUGGAAUUGGCAAAACGUUGUUUUGCACAAAGUUUAUGCGCGAUUGGGCAAGCGACCGCUUAUUCGAUGAAGCAAAAAAUUCAGAAUUACGAUUUGACGUUGCUUUCCUUGUUAAAUUUAGGAGACUGAACUCUGCUGCAGAGCUUAACCUUCGAGAACUUUUGAAUAAAUCAGAAUUUUCAACACAUAUGAAUGAUGUGGUAUGGAACUACAUUCGUGAAAACCCAAGCAAAGUGCUUUUUAUUUUCGAUGGAAUUGACGAAUUCUCUGCAAGGAAAAACAUACAAGAAGAUGACUCUAUUUAUGAAAACACUGUGGAAGCUAAAAUGCCUUUAUAUGCUUUGUACACGAAAAUUGCGUCGGGAAAACUUCUUAAUGGAGCCACUGUUUUAACGACUACAAGACCUACUGCUGUAUCGUGUGUAAGAGAUCUUGAAUUCAGCAGAGUAGUUGAAAUUCUUGGAUUUUCAUCUGGGAAAGUCAAAAACUAUGUGGAGAAGUUCGCAGGGGAUGACAAAGGUGCAGGAGAAAAGAUAUGGCAACAUAUCAGCAACAACCCUAACCUCUUUUCGCUGUGCUAUAUACCUGUAAACUGUUUCAUCAUUUGUUCCUGCUUGCUAUACAUGCUGCAGAACUUUAGUUCCAAUUCCAUUCAUGGUUUAACUAGCCUGCCAACUAAGCUAACCGAUAUAUUCAGCUUCGCCGUAAAGCUUAUGUUCUUCAGGCACAGUGACAGAUACCGCAAUAAAACUGAUGUUCAGGACGAAAUUUUCAAAAAAUUCGAUGAGCUGGCUGAAGACGUGAAAGGGGAUUUUAAGAAACUGGGAACAAUUGCUUUUAAAGGAAUUAAAGAAGGAAGAUUAACGUUUGAAUCUGACGAAGUUACGAACCUAGAGGAUUGUGGCCUACUUCAUCGCUUGCCUGAUUUAAAACCAGAGGCGAAGCGAUCCCUCGAAAAACCAAAAGCUCAAUACUGUUUCCAGCAUCUGACAAUCCAAGAGUUUUUCGCAGCAAAGCACGUGACAGACAACAUGGAAGAAGCCGAAUUACGACAAUUUGUUAAAAGUCACAUCACGGACGGUGCAUGGCAAGUGGUGUUGCAGUUUGUGGCUGGACUUCUCAGUGACCGAGAUAAACGAAUGACUAACAUUUUCACGAACCUUCUGCCAGUGUCGACAUAUAAGGAAAAGCAAGAGGAACUGGAGCCAGGCAUAGUAACCUGUUGGCCAAGUGAGGUUGAUGCAAAUUUAGCGUUAACGUUAUGUUACUGUUUAUAUGAGAUUGACGCAGAUGAUUCAGCCGUGCAAAACAAAGUAAAAGAGAUUGGUUUUAAUGCUGUAGUGUUUGAAUGCCGUCAACUAGGACCUGUUGAAUGUACAGCAAUAGCCAAUUUUCUUAAAAAGAAGAACGACAUUUUAAUGAUUAACUUGAGAAAUAACGAGAUUGACUGCCUGGGAUGUAAAGAAAUAUGCAAGGUUUACAGUGAUAGUAACUGCAAACUUAGCAGCUUAAGGCUCGGUGGUAACAGAGUAACCGAUGAGGGAGUAGAGUACUUGGCUGAAGCGUUAAAGCACAGUAAUUGCAAAUUAAAUAGCUUAGACCUCAUCGGAAACAAUUUAACCAUUAAAGGAGUAAAGUAUUUGACUGAAGCUUUGAAGGACAGUAAUUGCACAUAAAACAGUUUAAACCUUAGCUUUAACCCAAUUACCGAUGAAGGAGUAAAGUAUUUGGCUGAAGCUUUGAAGGACAGUAAUUGCAAACUAAACAGCUUAAACCUCACCGGAAACAAUUUAACCAGUAAAGGAGUAAAGUAUUUGGCUGAAGCUUUGAAGGACAGUAAUUGCAAACUAAACAACUUAAACCUGACCGGAAACUAUUUAACCAAUGAAGGAGUAAAGUAUUUGGCUGAAGCUUUGAAGGAUAGUAAUAGGCCAUUUGCACUAAGAGGCAUGUGA